ACGAAGAAAAGGAGGGCUAUCAACGAAGACGAUAGAAGUUAUCUCUACCACUAUGAUUCAUGUUUCGGACUUAUUCCCGAAAGCUUUCAGCCUACUGGACGCCUCGGAGGCAAAUCUGAAGAAUAUUGGUUAACUGUACAAGAGUACAAUCACAUCGCCACAUAUAUACUGUUGAAUUGUGAAGAACUUAAGCCAUACGAAAGACUUUUUGACGAGGAUGUUUUGGCAACAUAUCCUAACCUAAGUGGGGAGGAACUUGAAGGAAUGAAGGAACAACAUUAUGCAUCUUGGCUUCGAGACUACAUUCAGUCAUGCAGUGAUAGAAUUCCGGCAUGGAUCAGAGAUAUAUCACAUGGACCUGGAAGAAAAGUCAUUUGCUAGUCGAUAAUGUUC